AGAAAAAAAAUCAGGUGAUAAAAACUACACAGAAACUCCCUGAGAACUCAUUCUUGAAAAGAAAAUUCAGAGCAGACAGACAGCCAGCUAGGAAUGCACACUCUGUCUUCUGCUAUUUACAAAACAAGGAGUGAUUGCCAGUCCCAUUCAAGUAGAGAUUUAAAAGCAGCUCAGAGAAGUUUGUUAGCCCUUAAUGGAUUCAGUAGCCUCUUGAUGUGUGUGUGAAACCUCCAAGGAUUAUUCUUCAAGGAUCUGGCACUUUGUACUUAUCGUGGGCUGAUUUGGGUUUGUUUUCUCUCGUCCGGCUGAAAAAAAACAGGCCAAAGGCUACAAAAACUGUGCUGCUGCAGAUGCUCUGGGCAAUUCCUUCUCAGCCACGUGUGUGAUUGACAGAUAGGACUUUGAACAGCAAAGCCCCCGAUGCAGUCAUCUUUGGGAAUGAGUGUUAUGUAUGUGACACAUUGCGUCUGAUCGCCAAACUAAAAGAGAGUAUUUGGGGAUUUUUACAAGUCGUUAAUGAAAGAAGGUGAAUGACCCCCACUGAGUCCAGAGCGUGAAAAAUCUCACUAAUGGGUUUAUUUGCUGUCAGAUCAGUGCAGAUCAGUUGCUGCCUGGGGCCAUUUCACUCGGUAUAUUUCAUAGUCGAGUAGGUUUGCAGAUCUUUGGCACUUUGCUGGAAACUAUUGACCUUUUAUUGAGAAGCCCUUCCAGCAGCAGCAGCAGCAGCGCUACAUGGACUGAACAUUUAUACAAAGCAAAGGUGUUUGUUUACUUCUACAUUGGUACUUUUCUGUGUGUUUGAAGUUGUGGCUAUUUCAAGACUUGGAAAGAUUUGUAAAGCUAGUUUGGAGCAGCUCUCUAAAGCAUUUUGAAGUGGUGAUUUGCAAAAGAUUUCUACAGCAUCACAGUUCAGGAUGAGGUGCUGGGUGUUGGCUUUCCUGGCUACCACCCUAUGGUUACAGCUUGCCCUAUUUAGGAAUGUGACUGCAAAGAAGGAAAGAAGAAGACAGAAAGAACCAAGCCAAUAUACUGAACCUUACAACACUACGCUUUCUAACAGCGAGGAGGUGAGUGCCAGUACCAAGCUUCCAGAGCCUCGAGAUCACCGCCCAGUGGACCCUCGUGGCUCGUGGUUUGAUUUUGUAAAGAGACCCGAGGAAAAAAAAGAAAAAAAGAAAUGCAACGGAAAGGGGAGGAAGCCAUUACCUGGACCUGUUGGCCCCCCAGGACCCCCAGGGCCACAGGGCCCACCCGGGCCCCCAGGAGCCGAGGUGACUCAAGAGGUCUUACUGAAGGAGUUCAGAGAGAUGAUAAGAGAGGCUACAGAGAGACGAGAGGCAGUGAACACCCAGACAAGCCCCAGUGCCGCACCCCCUCAUGCCAUUGCACUGGACAGCAUUGCAUACUACAGGAGGCUGGAAGAGGCCUUCCACUGCAAACUGAAAGGACCGCUUAUUGUAGACAAGAAGACCCUGGCGGAGCUUCAGGUGUUUCAGACGCCCCCAGCAAAGGGUGCAUUCCUUCGCGGGACCGGGAUGAAUCUAUUGACAGGUCGGUUCACAGCACCAGUAGCAGGGAUCUAUCAGUUCUCUGCCAAUGUUCAUAUCGACCACAGUGAGUUAAAAAGCAAAGGCCAGCUGCGAGCGAGAGACAAUGUGAGAGUACUGAUCUGCAUUGAGUCCCUAUGCCACAGGUACACGUCAUUAGAAAUGAUAGUUGGACUGGAGAGCAACAGUAAAAUUUUCACAGUGCAUGUGCACGGAUUACUGGAAUUGCAGGCUGGGCAAUACACGUCUAUAUUUGUGGAUAACGGAGCAGGUGCCCCCAUCACAAUACAAAGUGGGUCUGACUUCAUGGGCAUGCUCCUUGGUGUAUAGCCAUUCCUGUGUACAUAAGUGGACUUCAUAUUUAACAAUGCAUCUAAUGGGAUAUACAGUUUGCACCUGGAAUAUGAAGCCAGCAAACCACCUGACGAAGACGUAUUGGAUGAAUCACAAGAAUUCCUUUGGGCUUCCUUUCACAGAUUGCUGCUUUUGAGUUUUCACCGUUUUUAUAACAGCUAAAGAAAGACUGUAUCUUUAUUUAAAUACCUUUUUUAGAUCAGAAGAAUCAUAUACAAAAAAGUUGAAGGUGUUGUAUAGUUUUUCCCCUGUGUUUUGUGAAACCAUGUAUAUUUGAUGUUUCUGUGUCUGCUUUGGUUUUACAUGUAUCAUACUGGAGUGUAAUUCAAGUUGGAUUGUGAGCAGUGUUGGGGAGCUUGCCUGUGUCCCUUAGUAAACUCCUUAAGGAGUUUGAAGCUCAUCCAGUUAUAUAAAGAUAUCUUUCCAACAAUGUAUCAUAACAAUAAAGAUUUAUCUAGCAAUGACGGUGUCCUUUGAAGCUCUUCUGCACAUUAGGUCUAAAAUGUUUUCUUUUGUAAACAAUAACCUGGCUGAAGUAUU